UUUUCUCACACACAAACUUCCAAUUUUCUCUCCAAAACAUCAUCAUCAUCAUCCUUUCAAAUAUCAAUUUCUCUACAUCAAGUUAGAAAAUUCAUCAUCAAUAAUAAUAAGAAUAUGAAGAAAUUUGGUUUUUCUCCAAAACGAUCUUCAUCUUCUUUCAUAGCCCACUACCCUUCUCCUUCCCGUUUCAGUUUACCAACCCCGAGUCGAAGCUUAUCCGACUCGGUGAUGGUUCAGACAAUAGAGGUUGCUGAACCCCUGAUCGUGAAAUGGGAUCCAGCAACCUCUACUUACGCAAACGUCACCUCUCUAUUCUACGAGAAUCGUAGAGAGGCUUUAGAAUUCAUCAAAAUUGUCAACAAGCUUCAUAAAGCGAUGCACGCCUUAGUUGCCGAGAAUUCCAACUCCGAGUUACUUAUUAGAGCUCAACAUCUCAUGCAAAUCGCGAUGAAGCGGUUAGAGAAAGAGUUUUAUCAAAUUUUGUCAUUGAAUCGAGCUCAACUUGACCCGGAAUCCGUUUCCACUAGAUCUUCUAGAACAUCUCGGUCGAGUUUAUCCGAGUUUGCUGACGAGUCAGAUGAUGAGAUCCGAGUAGCGAGCGAGUUAAUAAACGAAGUCGAAGAUGCGGCUGAAGGAGUCAUGACUGAUUUAAAGUUGAUAGCAGAAUGUAUGAUCUCAUCUGGUUACGGCAAAGAAUGUGUAAAAAUUUACACAAUUAUUCGAAAAUCGAUAGUCGAUGAAGGUAUUUAUAAGCUCGGUGUCGAAAAAAUGAAACCGACUCUUGUUCAUAAAAUGGAAUGGGAGGUUUUGGAUUUGAAAAUUCAAAACUGGCUAAAUGCUGUCAAGGUUGCUGUUAAAACGUUAUUCCACGGAGAGCGAAUUCUAUGUGAUCAUGUUUUCGCGUCUUCUGAUAACAUCCGUGAAGCGUGUUAUUCAGAAAUUACAAAAGAAGGAGCUUCGAUUUUAUUCUCGUUUCCUGAAAAUGUAGCGAAAAAUAGUAAGAAGUCACCCGAAAGGAUCUUUAGAAUGCUGGAUAUGUAUACCGCGAUAGCUGAUCAAUGGCCCGAGAUUACAUCAAUGUUCUCGUAUCAAUCCACGUCAUCGCUCGUAACCCAAGCGCUUAACUCACUGAUUAAACUCGGUGAAUCGGUCAGAUCAGAUUUAACAGAAUUUGAAACGCACCUUCAUAAAGAAUCACACAAAACAAUAGCACAUGGAGCUGGAGUUCAUAGAUUUACAAUCGAAACGAUGAACUAUUUAUCUCUCAUUGCAGAUUACGGCGUUUUAGCUGAUAUCUUAUACGAGACUUCGCCACCUGAGAAAACACCAAUGCCAGAAACAUUUUUCGAUAGAUCGUUUAUCGAAAAUUCGCCGUCUCCAUCGGUUUCGUUGUGGUUAGCGUGGCUUACAUUCGUUCUAGUCAGUAAACUCGACUCGAAAAUGAAACAUUACAAAGACGUAUCUCAUGCGUAUUUAUUCUUGGCGAACAAUCUGCAACAUAUACUUGCUAAAUCUCAAUCGUCUAAUUUAAAGUACAUUCUUGGAGACGAUUGGACUAGUAAAAUCAGAGAAGAAGUCAAGAAAUACGCUGCCAGUUACGAACGGGUCGCGUGGAGCCACGUCAUCGAUUCGGUACCCAAAAACUUUACAAAUAUGACGAAUGAGCAAGCCAGAGAUAGUUUCAAGAAAUUAAAUUCGGUUUUCGAAGAAACACAUCGUAGACAACUAGCCGUUGUGAUACCCAACGGUAAGCUUAGGGACGAGAUUAAGGUUUCCGUCGCGAGAAAGUUGUUGCCAGCGUAUAGAGAGUUUUACAACGUUUUUAGAGUCGAAAUGUUGAGAGAUAAAAAAUCCGCCGGAGUUGUCAAAUACGCCCCUGAGGAUAUCGGGAACGCGUUAUCCGACUUGUUCUUUGGGUCCGGAAGCAUGUCGGCCUCGGUGUCGGUAUCUGUAUCAUCAGUGUCGUCGUCGUCUGGGUCACCAAAGUCGUUAUCACGGUGAAUAGGAUGAAGUAGAAAUAAAUUUUAAGCGAGUAUUUGCAUAUGUAUACCAGAUUUGUAGGAGGGUUGUAUGUGUAAAUAUUCCUUAUUACUUGGAAUAUGAAAUACAAUUGCAGUAUCGAUUCCUUUUAUUAUUGGACUAAUUAAAACAAAAAGUUAUUAUUGAGAUUAAA